GUGACAUCUCCAACCUCCAACAAGAAAGUCUGAUGAUCGUCUUUAAUGAACGAUGGAGUCCAAUUCUACCUGUAAAUCUGUCAAUUUUGAUUUCACGCACAUAUUUUUGCCCUCAGUCUACGUGACUGUUUUCAUCCUUGGAGUUAUUGGCAACUGUUUGGGGCUGAAAUCCAUGCAUGAUAACUGGAGGAAAAUUGGUAAUGUAAAUAUCUUUGUGCUCAACCUUUGCCUGGCGGACAUUUUAUAUCUUUUAACAUUGCCCUAUUUGGUGGUUUACUACGCUUCCCGUAGCAAAUGGAUAUUUGGAGAUGUUUUCUGCAAGAUUUUAAGGUUGUGUUUCUGCAUCAACCUGUACGGCAGCAUUGGUUUCCUCACAUGCAUCAGCGUCUACAGGUACCUCGGCAUCGUUCACACUUUGAGAGCUAAAGGCAGAAUUACAGUGAGACACUCUGUGGUGAUUGCUUCGCUGGUGUGGUUUUUGGUUUUUCUUCAGUGCCUGCCUGAUAUGUUCUUUGACAAAACCAACAACAACGUAACAUCAUGUUUUGACACAACCUCGGACAAGUACAUUAGGGAAUACCUGAAGUACAGCAUCGGAAGAACGGUUGUUGGAUUCGUGAUCCCGUUGUUAAUAAUGUUAUGCUCCUACGGACAUGUGGCGUUUACGCUGAUGACAAAGAAAGACAUCGAUGUCAUCUUGAAGCUGAGGUGUCUCAGGCUGGUUGUCAUCCUGACCCUGCUCUUCUCUAUUUGUUUUCUUCCUUAUCAUAUUUUUAGAAAUUUAAACCUGGCAACUCGAAUCUCCAAACUGGACGGCACGUGUCUGAAAUGGUAUUCUAAUGUGUACAUCGCAAACCAAGUUGGUAAUGGAUUGGCCUGCAUGAAUAGUGCGAUCAACCCACUGGUUUACCUCUUUAACAGUGAUGAUUUGCUGAUGAAGUGCUUCGUAAAGUGCGGACGAGCCCGUCAGUCUGCUGCCGUCUCUCUUGUGGCAGACUGUCCCUUACAGAAGCAAACUCUCGACAGCAUGGCAAUGAAUUAGAGAUGAAUAUUCUAUGUGGUGUGAUGACUUUUUCUCGCAUCGAGGACAUACAGUAGCUGUUCAUCAAGAGUGAAUUAAACGAUUCUUAUCUUGUUCAUCUAUGAUAGUUGUGGUUAUCUGGAGCCACACUCUAUGUACACUGUGCAUCUUGUGACAGGAUACGCUCUCAUGCCUCAUUUUAUUCUGAAAAACAGAAGUGUUUGUUCUUGUUUCAACUUUCAACCAUAAAGGUCAUUUUAUGGAAUAAUCAUAGCUAAAUGUGGUGUAUUUUUAUGUGGCUUGCAAUGCUUAGUUUUACACACUGAAUGACUGAAAAUAAAUUUUUGCCUAUGUUUGCAAUUGGCAUACAUG